AUGAGUUUUGUUUGUAAAUGCUGCCUUUGUCACUUCAGCGUUGAUCCGGAUCCCAUUCCCGCCACCACAACGCUGGUAUCCAAGGUGCUCAACCACGACAACCUUUCCCCGGCCGCCCCGUCCCCUGCAGCAGCAGCCACAGACGGUUCCAGGGCCGAUCCCAUUCCAAGCACGGCAUCUGUGGAUGCCAAGAAGCGGCCAUGUUCCAUGAAGCCGGCCGACCCCAUAUCCAAGGACGCCGACAAUACUAGUUCUUCACUAGCACCCCUGGACGACGAGGAUCUCCUCCAAGAGAUCCUUCUCCGCCUCCCUCCAAAGCCAUCUGUACUCCCCCGCGCCUCCCUUGUCUGCACACGCUGGCGCAGGAUCCUCUCCGACACACAAUUCCUCAGCCGCUACCGCAAACACCACAGGAAACCUCCCUUGUUGGGCUUCUUUGCAGGAUCUACUAGUACACACCAUGACUUUGUUCCUGUUCUGGAUAAGAAGCCUGACUGCAUCCCAACCGCGCGCUUCUCCGUGCCCAAGAGCAGCAAAUCAUAUCACCACUGGGACUUCCUCGGCUGCCGCCACGGGCUCGCUAUCCUACUCAUCAAUUGGCGACGGGAGGUCAUUGUGUGGGAUCCCCUCACCGGACAGCAGCACCGCAUGUCUUCUCCUCCGGGACUUCAUGAAACCGAAGGGGAGAAAUUCUGGGUUUGGCACGCCGCCGUGCUGUGUGCUGAUGAUGAGGAUGGACAUGUGCACGGCGAUUGCUUCUCUAGCCCGUUUAAAUUGGUUUUGGUGUGCAGCGGACGCACGCAGGCUUCCGCUUGCCUCUAUGAAUCGUUGUCUGGUGUAUGGAGAAAUAUUGUCUUGACGACGACCACAGAAGCGAUUCUUCAAUUCAGGCCAAGCAUCCUCAUCGGAAAUGCACUUUUCUGGUUGUUAAGUGCAGGUGGGGUCCUUGCAUUUGAUAUUGACAGGCCGAGUCUUGGUGAGAUCGAGAAACCGGUGGACGCUCAUCAUACCGACUGCUUUUCCUUUCAGCUCUUACGGACAGAUGAUAGUGGCCUUGGCUUUGCAGUUCUUUCAAAACUGAGUAUCCAUAUAUGGGAGAAGAAAUUGAACUCUGAUGCUAUCCAAUGGGUGCCGCUGCAGAAAAUCUUUCCACGGGGAAUGCGUAGCGACCUCAAAGAGGUGGAGAUGAAUUGUGGAAACAAGUUGGAUGCUGUGGCAAUACUGCAGCAGCAAGAGCUGCCUGUAGGUGUUGGUGCUGAAGCUGAAUGA